CUUGAUGAGUUCUACACACAAUAUAAUUACAAAUGAAAAACGUAGAAUUAUAGAUUUCGUGACCCUUUUGUAUUCUGUACAUGCGUUCACGCUUUUGCCAACAAACUUGAAUAGUUUAAGCCCCAUAGUGCUCGCCCUUAUUUUAUCACCCACAGAACUUUCCUCACAGUCUCCCCACUCUCAAACUCUCACCUCCAAAGACCAAACCAAACAUGGAAACCUGGUUCAUCAUCUUCAUCACCAUCACUGUUUCUCUUCUUCUUCGAGCUCUUUUCAACCUCCUCUCUUUCACCUCUAAAACACCUUCCCAGACUCUACCUCCUGGCCCAGCCAACUUUCCCAUUAUCACCAACAUCCUAUGGCUCAGGCGAACCUUUUCCGAGCUUGAACCAAUCCUUCGGAACCUCCACAAAAAGCUUGGUCCAAUGGUCACUCUCAAUCUUCUUUCUCGCCCCACCAUUUUCGUCUCUGACCGUUCCCUUACCUACCAGGCCUUAAUCCAAAACGGUGCUUUAUUCGCUGACCGCCCUGAAGCUCCGACGAUCGGCAAGAUUAUAAGCUGCAAUCAACAUAAUAUAAAUUCAGCUUCCUAUGGUCCGAAUUGGAGACUUUUGAGGCGUAACCUUACUGCUGAAAUCCUCCAUCCUUCUCGUAUCAAAUCAUACUCUCAUGCUCGAAAAUGGGUUCUUCAGAUUCUGUUAGAUUCUCUAAUGUCAAGCUCGAAAACUGGAGAACCGGUUCGUGUGCUUGAUAAUUUUCAAUAUGCUAUGUUCUGCUUAUUAGUUCUGAUGUGUUUCGGUGACAAGCUUAAUCAAGAAGAGAUUAAAGAGAUCGAAACUGUGCAGCGGCGUUUGCUUUUAGACUUGGAUGGAAGAUUCAACAUACUCAAUUUGUGGCCUAAGGUGACAAGGGUAUUGCUUCAGAAACGUUGGAAGGAGUUCUACAAGGCCCUUGAGAAACAAGAGAGAGUGCUGGUCCGUUUGAUAAGAGCACGAAAGAAAGCAAAAGAUGAGAGGUCACUGAACAAGAAUGGACUGGAUGACGGACAUAUUUUGGCGUAUGUGGAUACAUUGCUUGAUCUUCAACUUCCGGAGGAAAAGCGGAAGCUUACAGAAAAGGAAAUUGUUAGCUUGAGUUCUGAGUUUCUCAAUGGUGGAACAGAUACUACUUCCACUGCUUUGCAGUGGAUUAUGGCAAAUAUGGUGAAAUAUCCGCAUGUUCAGCAGAAACUGUUCAUGGAGAUUAAAGGGGUAGUGGGAAAAGGAGAGAGAGAGGUGAAGGAAGAUGAUUUGCAGAAGAUGCCAUAUUUGAAGGCGGUUAUCUUGGAAGGGCUAAGAAGGCAUCCACCAGGUCAUUUUCUUUUGCCUCAUACAGUGAGAGAAGAUACAGUCCUGGGAGGGUAUUUGGUGCCCAAGAAUGCCACCAUUAAUUUCCUUGUAGCGGAAAUGGGGUGGGAUACUAAAGUAUGGGAGGAUCCAAUGGCAUUUAAGCCUGAGAGAUUCCUAAGCAAUAAUAAGAGUGGGGAAGUAGUAUUUGAUAUAACGGGAAGUAGGGAAAUCAAGAUGAUGCCAUUUGGGGUUGGAAGGAGGAUUUGCCCUGGACUUGCCUUGGCCAUACUUCAUCUAGAGUAUUUUGUGGCAAACUUGGUCUUCAACUUCCAAUGGAAAGCCAUGGAUGGAGAUGAUGUGAGCUUGGAGGAGAAGCAGGAGUUCACUGUGGUGAUGAAAACUCCAUUGCGGGCCCACAUUUAUCCUAGGAAAACUUAAGAAACCACUGAUAUUUUAUCAGGAUUUAUUUAUAUAAAUAAUUUAUCCUUUAAGUGCAGGGAAUUGUCAAGCUUAGAUAAGCUUUUAUUUAAACCCAAAUGAUAUGACAGCUGGAUAUAUAGUAACAACUUUCUUCUAGAGUUGUACCAAAAACCUUUAUUAAUUACGCAUAUGUAACUAAGGCCUGAAAUUCUAGUGGCUAUACAUUAAUGUAUUCAAGAAUGGAAAUUAAA